AUGGUUAAGAACAAUUUCGGCAAGACCUCUAAGCGGGUUCCCGUCCGCUUAAGACACAAGAUUGAAAAGUCCUCUGUGGCCAAGCAGAAGAAGAUGAGAAAGCUCGCGAAGCAGAACCCAGAAUGGCGGUCUAAGCUCAAGAAGGACCCCGGUAUUCCCAGUCUCUUCCCGUUCAAGGACAAGAUGCUCCAUGACAUCGAGGAGAAGAAGCGUCUGAAGGCAGAGGAGCAGGAGCGCAUCCGGGAGGAGGCUCGUCUUCGCCGUGUCGAGGCUAAGCAGGCCAAGACUGGCAACCAGACGGGUGUGGAAAUUGACGAGAACGAUCUGGAUGAGGAUAUGGAUGUGGAGGGCGAUGAGUCGAAUCCCAUGGCAGCACUUCUUGCCUCGGCACGUGCCCGUGCUGCCGAGUACGACGAUGAAGAGGAGGAUGACGAGAUGGACGAGGACGACGAGGAUGAGAUGGAUGAGGACGAUGAAGAGGGCCUGACUUUCAACGACGCUGUUCCUGAUCUGGUCGACGCACACAACCCUACCAAGGAAAGCUCACGGCGCCAAUUCGAUAAGGUCUUCAAGACUGUUACCGACUCUGCCGAUGUUGUGCUCUAUGUGCUCGACGCCCGUGACCCUGAGGGUACUCGUUCGAAGGAGAUCGAGCGCGAAAUCAUGGCUGCCGAUGGUGGCUCUAAGCGUUUGAUUCUCAUUCUGAACAAGAUUGAUCUUGUGCCGCCUCCCGUGCUCAAGGCCUGGCUGGUGCACCUGCGCCGAUACUUCCCUACCCUUCCUCUGAAGGCAUCCAACGGUGCAGGCAAUUCCCACAGUUUCGACCACAAGCAGUUGACAGUCAAGGGUACUUCGGAUACUCUUUUCCGCGCUCUCAAGUCCUACGCACACAGCAAGCAGUUGAAGCGGGCUAUCUCCGUUGGUGUUAUUGGUUACCCUAACGUCGGCAAGUCGUCCGUUAUCAAUGCUCUUACCGCUCGUCUCAACAAGGGCUCAAGCAAUGCCUGCCCCACCGGUGCCGAGGCCGGUGUCACCACUAGCCUGCGCUCGGUGAAGCUUGACAACAAGCUCAAGCUGAUCGACUCGCCCGGUAUUGUCUUCCCCAGCGCCAACGGCAAGACCAGCAAGAAGUCCAAGGAGAAUGAGCAGGCUCGCCUGGUUUUGCUGAACGCUAUCCCGCCCAAGCAGAUCGAGGACCCCAUUCCUGCGGUCAACUUGCUAGUCAAGCGUCUUUCUGCAUCGGAGAACCUGAUCGGCAAGAUGCUUGAGGUGUACGGCAUUACCCAUCUCUUCCCGACAAAUGGUGACAAGACUACCGACUUCCUGAUCCAGGUGGCCCGCAAACGCGGUCGUCUUGGAAAGGGCGGUGUGCCGAACAUCGAGAGUGCCGCCAUGACUGUGAUCAAUGACUGGAGAGACGGACGUAUCCAAGGCUGGGCUAACGCCCCUGUUCUGCCCGUUAACACUGUUGUUGAUGCUGGUAAGACCGUCGAUUCUGGACCUGCUGCGGACACCACCCGUGUCGUUACGGAGUGGGCCAAGGAAUUCAAGAUCGAGGGCCUCUGGGGCAAUGGCGAGGGUGAUGAGGACGAGAUGGCCGAGUAA